AUGAAGACAUAGAAAUAUUUAAGAGAGCCUUAAAGAUUUUUGAUAUAUGAUGUGCGUUAAUACAAUAAUCCAUUAUAUGAACCUGCUAGCGAUAGAAAACCUACAUUGAUUUAGAAUGAUUAUAAUACAGAAAUACCAAUUUUAAUUGACUAUGGUAGUGGCAUAACAAAAGCUGGUUGGGGUAAUAGUACUAAACCUGAUCUCUCAGUGCAAUCAUUACUUAGCAAGUCUAAAGACUCAAAAACUAGCAUAACUUAGGCAUUAACUUCUAGCAAGAUAAAAGAUGUUGAUUUAUUCAAGGGAAAUUAUAGAUCGCCUUAUGAAAGAAAUAUAAUAUAGCAAUUUGGUUUGCUAGAAAACCUUAAUGAUUUUAUUUUUAAUGAGAUUGGUGUAGUUGAAUCCAAGGUAGAUCAUCCUUUGAUUAUAACUGAACCUGUUGCCAACCCAGAAUAUUGCAGAUAAAAUUUGCUUGAAUAAUAUUUCGAAUGUUAUGAAAUUCCUUCUGUGAUGAUAGGUGUAGAUACAUUUUUUGCAACAUUUUAUGAAUUCGGGUAGGAUAGAUAUCAAUCUGAAACAUGCUUAAUUAUAAGUAUAGGCCACACCACAUGCCACAUUAUUCCUAUGGUAAAUGGCUAGAUAAUUUUUGAAGAAAUAAAGAGAAUAAAUGUUGGAUAUUUUAAUAGCUUUGAAGUUCUAUAUAAGCAGCUUAUUUUAAAGAACAAUCAUUAAAAACAUCACUUAGAUUAUUAAACUGUUUAAGCAAUACAUUUGAAUAAUUGUUCUGUUGCUGUUAAUUAUGAUGAAUAGCUUAAAUAUUUAAAAUUAGGCACAGAUGGUUUCCAAAAUAAAUUUUAUAGCAAUCCUAUUGUAAGAGAAAACAACAUUCUUACUGAUUUAGAGUGUCUAUAAGAACCUAUUUACAUAGAUUUCCCUAUACAAUAAAAAAUUAUAGAUGAAAGCGAACUUCUAAGAAAGUAAGAAAUUAGAUAGAAAUAAGCAGAGAGACUUAAAGAAGCAAUGCAAAAAAAAAGGGAAGAGAAAAAAAGAGCUCAUGAAAAAGAGUUAGCAGAACUAGAAUCAUUAGAAAUUAAAUUCAAGGAAGACUAACAAUCAGCAAAAAUGGUUAUAGAGCAGUAUUUUGGUAAAGGUAAGGGAAUAGAAGAAGUUCGUAAAAGAAUAUAAAAAGUCAAAGUAAAACUAGGCUUUCUCCCAAAAGACACUUUGGAAGAAGAUAAAUAUACCCUAAUAAAUAUUGCAGAUUCUUAGCUAACAGCUUAGCAACAAAAACAAAAAAAAUUACAAAUAAUACAGAAGCAAGCUGCAGAAACAAGAGCUGAAAAAAAGGCUCUUGAAAAAUAGAAAAAAGAGGAAAUAAUUAAAAUGAAAACUUCUAACCCAGAAGUUUAUCUGAAUAUGCUUUAUGAAAAAAGAUUAAAAAUAAUAAAGAAAGUAGAUGAAAAAAAGAAACAUCAACAAGAGCUUUCCACUAGAAAUUCUAGAGUUAACUAAAAAAGAAUGUAAACUAUUGCUUAGUUAGGAGCUUCUGAGAAAAUCGGAAAAGAUGAUAAUUUUGGUAUGAACGAUGAAGAUUGGAAUAUCUAUAUUGGCAUACAAAAGGACUAUGAAUCAGAUGAAGAGAAUUAAGAAAUGAAGCUAAAUGAAAUCGAAAUAGAAUUGAGAGAAAUGGAUCCAAAUUUUGAUGAUAAAAUCAAAAUUGGUGAAGUAAAUCCGUACGGUCUUAGUAUGUAAGAACCAUUUAUAGAACUUUCAGUAGAUCGCUUUAGAGGUAACGAAGCUAUAUUCUAGCCAGGAAUAGUUGGAGUUGAUCAAUCAGGUCUUUCAGAUGUUAUCACAUUUGUGCUUAACAAAUUCCCAGCAGAAACAUAAGCAAAGCUUCUUUCAAAUAUAAGAAUCACUGGAGGAGGUAGUGUUAUGCAAGGAUUAGCUAAAAGAAUGGAAAGAGAUUUAACUUCUAACUUCAAGGUAGGAAGUGUUGUUUAAGUUAAUCUUAUGUCGGAACCUAUAUUUGGUGCUUGGCUAGGUAUGCAAAAAGUUUAUAAAUAAUAUGGAAAUAAAUUAAAUGAUUACUUUAUUUCUAAGCAGGAAUAUUUUGAAAAAGGAUCUUCUGAAGGUCUUUUUAAAAGUAAUCCUUUUUCAAAUGUUGUUAUUCCUUAUUGA